AAUACUCGCGUUUUAAUUGUUCAAUUCAAGAAAUGCAAAUAUUUGCAAAUAUUAUUAAAUUCGUUUUAAUAUCGUAACGCAAUCCUCUUUUUUAAGGAAUAUAAAAUUGUUCGUGGAAAACCUGACGCGGGCCAUGGAGUGAUAGAUAAUAUUAUAAAACUGCAAAAGUGACCUCGUCUCAUCGUAUCGAAGGACUGUGCAAUUUUUUAGGUAUGUCGGUUUGGUCAGGCAGUACGGUGCCAGGCCCACCCAAUCGUUACUCUCAGUAUAGUAACUGGUGCCCAAAAAUGAGCAAGCACAAGUGCGUGAUGUCGGGCGAGGCGCCAAUCCAGUCGGACGCAGGGCUCCACACGCCCGCGUACCUGUCAUGGCGGAAACUCCAGCUGAGUCGCGCGAAACUGAAGGCUUCGAGUAAGACUUCGGCACUGCUCUCUGGAUUCGCUAUGGUAGCUAUGGUGGAAGUGCAACUGAACACAGACCAAACCAGUAAAGUGCCCAAGGAGAUGCUCGUCGCGUUCACAGUGUGCACCACUCUACUCGUCGCUGUUCACAUGCUGGCCCUCAUGAUCAGCACAUGCAUACUACCCAACAUAGAAGCAGUGGGGAAUCUACACAGCAUAUCUCUGGUACACGAAUCGCCCCACGAAAGACUACACUGGUACAUAGAAAUCGCUUGGGCGUUUUCAACACUACUCGGACUAAUUCUGUUCCUAGUAGAAAUAGCCAUUCUCUGUUGGGUGAAAUUUUACGAUUUAAGCGAGACCGCCGCCUGGUCCGCCUGCGUUGUACUUAUACCAGUCAUGAUUGUGUUCCUGGCGUUUGCUAUACAUUUCUACAUGUCUUUAGCAACACAUAAGUACGAAGUUACAGUUACUGGCAUUAAAGAGCUAGAGCUACUUAAGGAACAGAUUGAAAUGGGCGACCAUGACGGUAGGAUGAAUAAUCUCACAUUACUCGACCAGGGCAGAGUCGUUUGAAGACUUAUGGCGCUAUUCAUAAACGCACUACAAGCCUCAGUUAGCUAUUAAUCGUUUGUCUUUACCUUUUGAACGCCAUCUAUCAAACCCAAGAACGUCUUGCGCACACCGAGCUAGAAAUAUAAACCAUACUGAAAACAUCGAAGGUUACUUUGACAACGUACGCCAUAGCACUUAUAAGCGUUCUUGGCGCCACGGGCACGACUUCUUACGACACUUUUUGGACGCCAAUGACCGAUAUAUCGGCACCGCAGGUCCAACGCCAAAGACCGAUUAAUCCGUCACAGACCACAGAGCAACAUAGACCUACGUUGUGCAUAAAGUUUAAUUUCAGUUUUGACAUUUCGGUGACGUGACAUCCGAGUGACAGCUUUUGUGUUUGACACGGCGUCGAAAAGGUUAAGGGUUCUUGGCGUUCAAAGGGUUAACCUGUAAUUUUGACUUCUAUUUGCAAGAGGGAUAAAACAUAGAUUAACUAAUUGAGGCUGGUAAAGUUUUAUGAAUUAGGGAUAAAGCCUUACCUUUCCAGUGUCCGAUUUUGGGAUGUUAUUUACCUUUUUGACUUAAAUAUACCCACGUUUUUAUUGUUAACGCGUAGAUUGUAGGAAAGUACUUAUUGAUCUGUAUAUUAAAAGUGUACUUAUAUAAGUGCCAAUAUACUUACUUACUUAUCGGGUAUAUUAGGUUGGGUCGUGAGCAUUGGACGUAAUAUAAUAAUGUCAAUCUUAGUAAUUCGUAAGACUUGCCUUACAAAACCAAUAGACGGUAUAGACAAUUUAAAGUUUACUGCCUGCGGAAUGAACAGGCGGUAUUUUAUUUAUCUCUCUAUCUUAAAGCCAAGUAAAUAAAGUAUUUGUUACUAAAAACUUGCUCAAAAAACAUUUUUUGUGCAUAUAAUCGUAUUGUACUUUUUGAAUAAUAUGCGAGGAGCAUGACAUACCUACAUUCGAAUCUCCAGUUCAUUAAGUUUACUAUGAAAAUUAUCCUUAUUAUGUUUACGAUAUUGUUUUUUUUACACAUACCUUCUUUAGAAACGUUGGUCAUACCAUAUCUUAAUAUCGGAUAUAAUACAAACUAUAAAUAUAGGUUAGAAGAAUGGCCGAACUUAUCCUUUUGUCGAAAUGUGAAAUAGUUUAAUUUCUAACCAACAUGUAAUUUACAUAAUAGUCCUAACUACCAUCUAACUGCCUUAGCAAAAAAAUAAAAAUGACAAAAACGUCCUUUCAGUUACCUAAUUAUAUAAGUUGAUUAAUUAAUUUCAAAUAUUACAUGCCUACAUUUUAAUGUUAUUUCUGCAAUGGUCAGUCAGAAAGUUAUUGUUAUUAUAAAUUGUUCACGAAAAUAACUCGCAAUAAUAUCGUCUUCUUUAUAUUUUGUUUGAAGUGUUUGGGUGCUAAUUUCGAGACUUGAGAUCCCUUCAAGUUAAAUCAGUAAUGCCAAGAAAUAAUAGACCUCAAAAAUGCAAUUAAUGCGAACAAGAUCCAUAACGGAAAACGAAUUUAUAUUUUGAUUGAAUUAAACAGGGUGCCGCUGGUUGUUUUUUUAGUUAAUUUUUUAGAUAAUUGAUUUAUUUGUUAACAUAACAUUUUAAUUUUCUAUUAUAAGUAUGAAUAACGAAAAAUACAAUUUAUUUCUUUUGAGUUUGUUUGGUUAUGUUAUGAGUAGUGAUCGGUAACAACGUUUUAGUUUCAUGGUCGAGUUAAAGUAACGGAAAGUAACAAUUUUAAAGGAGAUUCCCAAUUAAGUUUUAUAUAAAGGUUAUUAACCUUAAUUAAUAAUUUCAGCUGAAUUUUACUUUACAGAUUACUUUAAUUCAACAACGCUGCCAUGAAAUUAAAACUUUACUAAUUACUAGUUAUUAGUUAUCUGGAGAAGAUGUCGAUUCAGGAAAAUAUGCGAAGACCCGAAAUUUCGUAGGCUAACUUUAGUCCUAAAAGUUAACAUAGUAAAAAUUUAUCGUUUAUAAGUAAGCGAAAGAUGCGACGUACUUAUUUAAUUUCCAAUUACUUCAAUGUUGCCUUGGAAUGAGUUACGUAGUUUAUAACUUCGAAUCCUUUUCAGUUGGCUUCAAUGUAUCUUAAAAUGUAGUUUAUUAUAGAGUACCUAAUUACCUAUUCACAUACACAAAUAAAAUUAUCGCAUACCUACAACUAAGUAUCAGCUCUGGUUUCCCCGGAAUAGGCCGAUAAAAUUCCGUUCAUUGCGAGUUUUAUAACCAACCGUAACUUAAUAAAAUAAAGGCUAAAAUCGCAAGUGACUAACAUCGCAAGUGAGUAACAUUCAACUCUUUCGAACUAAAUUAUCAGUAAAUUGACGAUAGAUUAUGGAAGGCAAUAAAUUAAAUGUAAAUGUUAACUUAACAUUAAUUACACUUAAGUCCUCUGUGAUAAUGAUAAAUAUGACAUUUUGUUGAAUCUGUCGAUGUAUCUGCGUCAGAUGAAAAUUGUCGGAACCUACCGCGGCGUCGUAUUGUGCGCACAAAUGUCAAUAUCAGGGGGGAUUGCCAAGAUAUUGUUUGGUGUUUGUCGAUAUACUAUUGUCAUCGUGGCUAGGCCCCCAGUGGUAGCGUUGCCGCGCAAUACUUACUCGUAACAGGACGCCACAAAAAAAAUUGCUGAUGCAGAUUACAUAUUAGCAUAAGAGUUUUCAAGUCCAUUAAAUAUAUAUUGCAUUGAAUUUUAUACAUAUAAACCCUUAACACGUAUCCAGAAUAAGAGUAAACUCUUUGAACUGACGGGGAAGUAGCUUAUUCAUAAGAAUAAUGAGAUUUAUAGUGUCCGAACGAAACAUGUUUUUUAGCCGAAACGGAAACAGAAGGUUCGGCUUUGGCUCUAGUUUCGGCCGAAACCGAAACUUUUGUAGACUUGGUAAAAUCGUUGAAAAAAUGACUAAAAACCGCUUUUAUGCACAUAUUAAGACUGCGUCGACCGUCCAGUGGCGCCUUCAGUAGGGGAAUUGUGUUUUCUAAUAAACCAAUUAAUUUCUGUAUACAUAAAUCAAUAUAUUAAUAUUGUUGUCCUACUUGUUCCCCAACUUUUGGUCUUGGUCACAUAGUUUUGUUUCCUAGUACGAAGUUUUCGCCCGGGAGGCGAUUGGUCAUGGAAAUCUGUUCCUGGCCCGCGGUCUAUCUCGGACUUCUGGUGUCAGUUUAGGUACUCUAAUACUGGAUACGAGUUUACGUAGCAGGUACCUAAGUAUUCAUAUUAAAUCCUAGCAUGGAAUGUUAAGACAUACCUGUGUAAUGCGACAGUGCACGACAAAAGGAACUACUAAGACUUGAAAACCUUCAAAGAAAUUUAAAAUUGUGUAAAUCGAAGCAGUGAAAAAAAAUACAGACACAUUUGAAAACAGCCAAUGACAGCAACCUACCACCUAUAUGUACCUAUACAUAUAUAUAUGAAGUUCCUUUUGUCGUGUAUUGUCACAAAAUUUCAAAUAAGACAUCCGAAUUAUCCGUGCAUGAUGGCAGUGUACCUAUACCACUUUAUUUAUAAUCGAUCGAUCUGUUAUGGUUUUAGUAAUAAAUCACCACAUUUGGUCAAUACA